CCGUAGAAUUGGUUAGCCAUGUGAGACCAGUUUCACGAGUGACAAGAAGUUGGAGUUUAGCUUGCUUAAGUUGGUCAGUCCCCGCGACCCUGACGGAUAAGCGGUAUAGAAAAUGGAUGGAUGGAUGGAAGUUGAGUCCCAGAUGAGCCAAAGAGCUGAUGAAGGACUCCCCAGGCUCAGACAAAAGACACCUGAUGCUCACGGGGAGACUCAGACUUUAUCAGAAAUGAACAUUGUAACUGCAGCUUUCAGUCAGAACCAGAACAGUGCACUGGUCCUCCCUGUGGUCUCUGACUGUAAGAGGCUUAUAUGGAUCUACUCGAACCAGCUCAGCUUACAGCUGGAUGGUGCAGCAGAGCUGGACAAGGCCUUUGACAAGUUUCCAUACCUGACACAGAACCAGACUGCUGCACUGGCGCAGCGCUGCUCCCUGCACCCAGACCAGGUGAAGAUGUGGUUCAUGGUACAGAGGCUCCGCUAUGGCAUCAGCUGGGACUGUAAGGACAUCCUCAAAGUUCGGAGGAAGAUCAUGUCAAGUCAGGGAAAGAAAGAGUUGCAUAAGUAUAGAGGAAAGAAUAAUAAUUUGAAAAGAGGGGGGAAAGAGUCUGUUGGAAAGAAGGCAAGAGAGGUUAGGGAGAAACAGCGUUCUAAUGAGGGAAGGAUGAUGGGUAAAAACAGGAGGGCUAUUGGGCAACUGGAGAAAAAAAUGAAGACAGAGCAAACCACGAAGGAUAGAAAAGUAGGAGAACAAGAGGAAGACAAAAUAAAUGCUCAGAGAAAGCAGAAAAAGAUGACAGUGAUAGACAAGAUGAGAAAGAAGAAAAGAGCAGAUGAGGCCACAAAUACUCAUAGGAGCUCGGUGAAAAGCAGCUUCGAGGAGAGCACAGAAAUGGAGCCGAAGCAGGGGGGACCACCGGCAUCAUCAGCAAACCCAACUGAUGUCUGCGAAGUGAAGGAGCCCGUGGAAGUGCCAAACAGUUCUGCAGAUUGUGGUACUCGGAUGCUCCCCGUUACAAAGACAGAAAGUCAGUUGGCGAUGAUGAGGAAGGCUUUCUUGCACUCCCCGUAUCUAGACAACGAGGAAUACAACCGGCUGUCAAUGCAGAGCGGCGUCCCUCGCUGCAUGUUGGUUCAGUGGUUCAGUGACACGCGCUAUUCUAUCAAGAAAGGAAGGCCACACUGGAUGAGCCAGAAGCAGCACAAGCAGGUGCUGGCCAUCAUCACAUCCAGGCAAUUCCUGAUGGCACUGACGAAACAAAGUGAAGGCUGUGGAAAAAGAGCAACCAGGAAGAUGACUCUGGACAGGAGUGAGAGCCGUGGAGAGGAUGAAGGUGUGGGGGACCUCCAGAGUAGAAGUGAUGCCACAAGUUUUGAAAAUCUUACUGAGGAGAAUGAAAGAGGAUCAUCUUCUAAGAUUUGUAAAGAUGCACCAUAAAGUUUUGUGUUAAUGUGUUAUUUGCAAUUUAGACUCAAGUUGGUUGUUAGGCAGUUAAACUUUUAAGCCAUUUUUUUUUUAGAGAUGUUUGAUAAAAGGUUUCCUGGCAAAGGCACAUUCUUGUGAAUUUGCCUCCUUUUUCAUAUGGAAUGUUUUGUUGCUAUGCUGUUAUUGCAAUGACUUGUGCAUGUUUGUUAACAUGUGAGCAUGGUCUUUCCAGAGGACACUCAUUAGCAGUCCAAAUGCCCCAAGAGCUUGUGCUUCGGACAUUUUUAUUGUCAUCCAAGUAAAACACUUGUUGUUCAACACAGCUCUUCUUAUGUUUUGUUACAUUAAAAUAUUCAUAAACUACAAAAUGAA